UCACCCGCGUGUGUGUGUGUGUGAAGCUGCCUUUCUCUCUCUCUCUCUCUCUCUCUUUCUCUCUACCAGAGGAGGAGGUGAGAUUUUUUAGUACACACUCUCUCUCUCUCUCUCUGCAUAUGCAGUAACCAUGUUGGUGUUUUUUGCGAAGAAGCGUAUAAGCAGAUGCAGAGCUCCUGCAAAUUGGUGCCUCUUUCACUCACUCCUCCUUUUUUCGGUUUUCUCCAUCACUUCUACUGCUUGCUCCAAUAGAAAUUGCCAGCUUCUAGACUCGUGUUCUUCUCCGACCGACUGUGCUUCUUCUCUCUACUGUGGCAAUUGCCCCUCAAUGAAUAAGAAUCAACCUGUCUGCACCAGAGGCCAAGCUAUAAUUCCCACCUCUAUUAUCAAUGGUUUGCCCUUCAACAAGUACUCAUGGUUGGUCACCCAUAAUUCGUUUUCCAUUGUUGAUGCCCCUUCAUUGACCGGUGCUCAGAGAAUUACAUUCUACAAUCAAGAAGACACUGUUACUAAUCAAUUGACUAAUGGAGUGAGAGGGCUGAUGUUGGAUAUGUAUGACUUCGAGAACGAUAUCUGGCUCUGCCAUUCAUUUCGUGGACAGUGUUACAACUUCACCGCCUUUCAACCUGCAAUUAACACCUUGAAGGAAGUAGAAUCGUUCUUAGGCGCAAAUCCAACAGAAAUUGUAACCAUUAUAAUUGAAGAUUAUGUGCAUACUCCAAAAGGGUUAACAAAGCUGUUCACUAAUGCGGGGUUAGACAAGUAUUGGUUUCCUGUAUCUAAAAUGCCAAAGAAGGGACAUGAUUGGCCCACUGUGACUGAUAUGGUCCGAAAGAAUCACCGGUUACUGGUUUUCACUUCUGAUUUUUCAAAGGAAGCAAGUGAAGGAAUUGCGUAUCAGUGGAGGUACAUGGUGGAAAAUGAACCUGGGGAUGGUGGUGUGGUACAAGGCUCUUGCCCGAACAGAAAGGAAUCGCAGACGCUCAAUUCGAGGAGUGCGUCUCUUUUCCUACAGAAUUACUUCCCGACAAUCCCAGUUCAAGCUGAUACUUGCAAAGAGCAUUCAGGUCCUCUUGCUGAUAUGGUUGGUACCUGUUACAAAGCAGCAAAGAAUGUGAUGCCUAACUUUUUGGCGGUGAACUUUUACAUGAGGAGUGAUGGAGGAGGUGUUUUUGAUGCUCUGGAUCGAAUGAAUGGCCAGACAUUGUGUGGAUGCAGUUCUGUCACUGCUUGCCAGGCAGGAUCACCUUUUGGAGUGUGCAAAAGCAUUCCAGUAUCUAAUGGAACUUCACCAACCUCUGCCGCUGGAAGUUUUUCCGGAUCUGUGGAGUUAUCAGGAUCUGCUUCUACAGUAAAUGUUACAAGUCCCUCGGUUUUCUGCGUGUUUUAUUUCAUGUUAAUGCUGUUUCUAUUAUAACUAUAAAUGGAAAUCUCUGAGGUAGAUGGUUAAUGAGCUGCACCCUUGGGGGUGGGCCUCUGGUGUCUUAGUACGUCAAUUUUGGACUCUUAGCAUUAGAAUAGGUAUACUGCUUGUUUGCUUUAGAGAGUGAAGGUCAGGAAAUGCUAUCUAGAUUUAUGAAAUACGAUUAAGAGAAGGGAGGUACUGCAUAGGAAUUUGAGGUCAAGAGUGGCCAAAAGAGACCAAGAAGAUGCCAUCACGUGCUUCAGGUAUUUUUACGAGACUUUCUGCUAAUCUUUGGAUACUGCAGUGUGCUUAAUAAUUAAAUAAUUUCUGUUUUUCUAUUUUUUUGCUCAGUAAUUAAAUAAUUAUCUUGUUGUUAUGCGAUGCAUGUCUAACUAAAUUUGCUUUAGAUCCAUGUUGUUUCUUUCAUUUGUUUGCCGUGAUGGGGAUUUGUCCCUCCUCAGGUUGUUUGUUUAUAAACACUACGCAUCUUCGAAAUCCAUUUUGGCAUUGAUAAAGUGUCCUGUUAUUUACAUGAAAUGUAUAUGGGUAAAUGAUAAAGCAUCUUGAAAGUAUUGUUACUGCAAGUAUGCUUAGUUGGUGUUGUUUUAGGCUCGGUAUGCCUCAGAACAAAGAUGUUCAGCAAAGCACUGGAGCUCUUAUUUGGCAUAUAUUAAUCCAAAUUCAACUUUAAAUUUUGAAAGCAUUCAUAUGCCCUCUUUCUCAAAUAUUAGGAAUUCUCAGCAAGUGCUUCUGCUGUACUGCCAUUGUAGCCUACAGAGGGUCAAAUCUUUCACGUGCAUUAGGUUUUUAAGGAUUUCAGCCUCAUCAAUUCCAUCACUUCCCUUUCGGUCAUCGUAUUGACUUUUUAUGAUCAACUUGCACCAAUCAAUUGUUCAUUGAGAUGACCAUCACGGCUCAAAUUAUGUCUCCUUUCAUCAUCAUUCCAGGUAAUUCCAGAUUGCCGUCAUCAUGUGUGGUUGCUAUUUGUUACUGAUGAGUUGAUUUCCAAGUUUUGCUCAUGUGUGGCAUGAGGACAAGUAGUGUGCAAACAGACUUUCCAAGCAAACAAUUGGUCACCCCUGGGAUUUUGGAUCAUUGAUGAGGCUCUGGCAUUCUUACAAACUGUUAUGAUGUCAGACUUAGAGAGUCAAGGAACUUAGCGUAGCAGUAGUUUGUAUUUGGGGCUUCAGCACUCUUAU